AUGUCUAAAAAAAAAGCUUACCAAUUUACCGGCUAUAUUGAAGUUCUUGAUGAAAAAGCCAAUGAGUGGCGAAAUUAUACAAUUUGUCGUACUUGCCGUGAUGCUAUUGGUAGGCUGACUGCCUUGCUUCAAAAGUUUCCAAAUAAAAGUGAACGAGUAAAAAAUCACUUAAAAAAGUGUAAGUACUUUAUUGAUGCACAAGGUGGUAGGGAAGUCGCAUUAAAAAUAUUGGGCAUCGGAUUAGAAGAAAUGGAAAAGCAGGAUUCAAGAUCUUAUACGG